AUGGCUGUGAGACAGCCACCGAUUCACUUAUCUCUAUUUACUCCGAGUACAGGCAGCCCUGGUCAACUGCCUCGUCCUCCGAUGGAAAUUACCCCUCCAGCGACUCCAAUUGUCGCAACUCGUGAUGCUCCAGCAAGUUUGGCAUCCAGUAGAUCCAGUCCGACUGGCUCUCGGGUUUUGUCUCCCGCCGAACCACCAGCAAGCCAAGCUGGAUCUAUUACCAACCGACACGUUCGAACCCCUCAUGAAUUCCCCGAUGUGAUUGAAAUUUCAAAGGAUGCAUCAGGGCGUCCUAUUGAGUUUGGUCGCGGCGUUUGGAGUGUUGUCUACAUGGCUUCGUCUCAUCCGCCAUCCAAGACCAGUUCCGUUUUAAUGACCCCUCCCAGUUCCCCAGGAACAAAGACUCGCAUUCUCGCCGUUAAGACACCGGCGAGGAGAGACGCGCAAUCUGUGCUUCGCAGAGAAGCUCUAAUAUUGACCCGGCUCAGUCUAACACCGGGUCACGAAAAUCACGUCGUGCCCUUCCGUGGCUAUAUCUCCAGUUCUCAUUCCAUCGUCAUGUCUGCCGUACCCCUUGCAUUGUCCACCUAUAUUGAAGAGGAGGCGGAGACCGCCCGGAAACAACUGUCGACGCAAACAAUGUUUGAUCCAAUCCAAGGCAAAGCUCGGUGGUACGACCUUGCACACAGACUCAUCUCCGCGCUCUCUUGGUUGCACAACGAGGCUCAGAUUGUUCAUGGAGAUGUCAAACCGCAUAGCUUUCUGUUACGCCCUCGGCAGACUAGUCUCUCUGACAACCAUGACGGAUUUCCAUACGAACCAGUCUUUGCCGACUUCUCAUCCGCACAUGACCUUACAUGUCCAACGACGGAGAACGGGUCAGGUUCGUCAAUGUCAGCGUUGACUCCCGUAUUCGCAGCCCCAGAGCUACUCUCAGUCCACGCCCUGACAUCACCCGAUGUGAAUCCAACCCCCGCUUCGGAUGUCUUUUCUCUCGCAGUAACCCUCCUUGCUGCCGCCACCGGAGAUCUGCUAGUCUAUCCUGGUACCAGCAAUAUGCAACGGCUUGCCAUGGCACGAGAAGGACACAGAGUCCUUGAAUUUGCUAGGUCUGGAGGUAAUGGUUCUCGGAUACCACGAGAUGGAAUGGUCGAGCAGACCCUCAUGCCGGCUAUCGCGAAAGAUCCUAUCCAGCGCAUUACUGCUGGUAAAUGGCUGAGCGCCAUACAAACCUUGCCGUGA